AUGACAGGACCUUACAUCAAUUCAUACUUUAUUGAAAUACCACCUAAAGAGUGGAAAUUUGUCAAUUUUUACGAGUAUCGCCAACAAGAAAAUGACUUUACCAAUUCGUUUCAAAAGGAAGCUUUUAUUCUUAAGAGAUCUCUUGAAUACCUUUUGAAGAACGGCACAUCAGAAGCCAAGAAUCAUGCUGCUCUUUUGAAUAACAAAUAUAAGGCAAAUUCGAAAUUAUUCUGGGACAAGAUUGAAUCACGAUUAGCAUUUGAUAUCGAAAUUGAAAAGAAGAGGGUGGAAAUGCGAUUGGCAGAGAUUGGAACAGCAACUGGAAUCAUGAAGAGAAUCGAUGGGGCUAUGAAUGAAUCUUUCAUUCGAACCGAUGAAUAUGUUUCCACAAAACAAACAAAUGAUAAUUCAAGGCCUGAUUCAAUAACUGGAUACAAGAAAGCUCGCAAAGAUGAAGAACCUCCAUCAACUCCUCCAAAUAAGAUUAGAAAGGGACCAGAAUUACAUAAAAAUAAUCCAAGAACCCAUAGUCAAACCACCCAAACAGAAAAUAAUCAUGAUGUCCAGUACAUUUUUGCAAAUACAAAGGCUUUUCCAGAUUUGAAAGAAUAUUUCGUGGAUAGUAAAUUAUUUCCAACACAAGAUCCAAUAUGCUAUCCAGACCUUCAGAAACCGGCUAUAAAUUUUGGUUUUAUAACAGAAGCGUUAAAGAGUACUAAGCACAAAAAACUAUUGAACGCUACUCCAGUCCUGAAUGGAAUAAUAAAUGAGGGCAAAAUUGGAACAACGAAGUCAAGUAUUAUAAAUAGGAUACAACAUUGGUUGGGCUCAGGGCCUGCUAAUUUUGUUAUUGAUGUACCAACAACUUUGUCCGCAUUGACAUCAGUUCUAUUAUUUGUGCCCUCACCAGUUCGAUCUGGUGCCGAUCCAUCUGAAAAUCAUUAUAAAGCGCAAUUAUGGGCGAAAAUAUUAUCAGAUGCAUUUACUCUUAACAUUGACUCUUUUGAGCCAACAUGGGAACUUCAUUAUCAAAUACCUGGUGACAGUGGAAAAGGAUCGUCAAGAUCAGAUUUUGCAUGUGUUACUAUUUCCCUUAACACGAAGGAGCGAUAUCCUUUUUUUAUCUUGGAAUUUGAAGUUGAUGGUGUGCGGAUCCACAAAGAUUUUGCAGUAGUAGUUGCUGAGGCGGUCCAUACCAUAAAUCGUAUACUUUCAAUGCAUAUUAUUUCAGAAUCAGAAAUAUCCAAGAUCCGAGUACAUGUUGCUUUAGUCAAUAAUGCUCAUAUACGCCUUGGAAUAUUAAGACCACUCUACAACCACGAAUCCAAUUGCAUCAUAUAUAUUUAUGAUCAAGAUAUCAAAUGUUUUGACCUACAAUCAGGUUGCACGGAGAUAGAUAUUGAAAACGUAUUCAAUUUAAUCAGUUACCUGAGGCAAAUUGUUUGUAAGGAUGGACAGUAUUUGAGAAAUCUUCUUAAUAGAGAGAGUUCUGGGAUAAAACGAAAAUUUUAUCCUGAAUUUCCAAGUGUUCCAUUAGAAGCAGAAAAAUCCAGAUCACCUAAAAUGAAUUUCACUCCAACAGCAAAAAGAGUCAGGUAUGAGAUAUAUAGUAACAGGGAUGAAUAUGGUUUAGAUAGUUAUAAUUAUUGA